AUGAUUCUUGUUAUUGUGCAACAAUCGUACAGCAACAACAGCAACAACAACAGCAACAACAACAGCAACAGCAACAACAACAGCAACAACAACAUCAACAACUCGGACAUCAACGUCAUUUACAUCAAUAACAAUGCCACCAAAAUCGCCACCAUUUCAGCCAAUGACGUCAAACUUGACAACAACAUCAUCAACAACAACAUCAUCAACAACAACAUCUUCAACAUCAUCAACAACAACAUCUUCAACAUCAUCAACAACAACAUCUUCAAUUGGAAAUACAUCAUUAGAAACAUUAGAAACGCAGGCAACAUCAACAACUCAGCAACAAUAACAACAACAAUACCGACAUUGGUAAUUGUCACAUCCCUGAAACCGGUGACGGCCAGAAUCGGAUCGGAUGUUUCGUUUACUUGUACCGUCGGUUUAAAUUACGAUGGCAAUGAUCUGGAUAUAUACUGGAAAUUUACACUUCCGUCAGCUCCCCAAUUAUCGUUAGUGAACUUUCCUCAAACGACGGCGGCCGAGGAGAACGACUGGCUUUCCAUGAACUGCUCUUCCGGAAACGCCAAUCCAUACAGUGACGUCAUCAUCAGAUGGUUCAUUUCCGGUUUCGAGUUAGUUACGUCUGGAGGAAAUGGUUUAUCGCCCACUGCUUCUACUACUUCCGCUGCUACCUUCAGUAAUAAUGAUACCGGCCCGUCGGUUAAAUUCGGCGGUUUUUAUUCGGUGCUAAACCUGAAAUUGAAUCGAUAUUCGUUCGGUUCGGAUGUCUAUUGCAGAAUGGAACAUCGCUACUUUGAUCUGUUGGGUAGUGACAGUAGAAGGGUUGAGCUUAUUUUCAAAUAUGCUCCGAAGUUGAAACUCCCAAAAGCUGAUGCCAUCUUACGGAUAAAAGAGAACAACCCAAUAAAUAUCUCCUGCGAUGUCUCAUCCAACCCUUACCCCGAUUUGCAGAGCAUCAAAUGGUAUAAAAAUGAAACGAUGAUUUCUAUUGGUCGAGAGUUGUACGUGCCACGGGCCAAGCGAUCCGAUUCGUCGGUUUACGAAUGUAGGGCGACCAAUGAGAUGAGAGGAUUCGAUGGCGAGGUUGUUAUUGGCCAAGGAAAUGAGUCAGUUCAACUCCGGGUUAUAUACAAACCAGGAGCAGCUACAAUAGCACUGACCAACCAAUCAAACGUCUACCUAGGCGAUGACGUCAUUAUGACUUGUACGGUUGAUGACGUUGAUCCAGCUACAAAACUGGGCGUGACCUGGUUCUACAACGGUGACGUCAUCAAUCAAUCAUCCCCGUUAAUCUCUUCGUCAUCCUCUUCCUCUUCAUCAUCUUCGUCGUCGUCGUCGUCAUCUUUGAAAUUGUUCAGCGUAACUUUCGAUAGCGUUGGAAAUUAUUCGUGUGGCGGAAGUAACGAAGCGGGCGUCGGUGGCCUCUCUAGCGUUUUGAUGCUCGACGUUUUUGAAAAACCAAAACUAAAAUCAUUUUCCCCGCCACAAACUUCCGCCAUCUUGGAACUAAACCCCAAUGACGUCAUCCCUAAACUGACAUGCCAAGUCACCGGUAGACCGGCUCCUGAUUUGGUGUGGACGAAAGAUGGGACGCCAAUAAAUAUGGACGACAGUGGAAAAGUGAAUUCCAAUUAUGAAUCUGAAUAUUUUACUAUAACCAGUAAAAUUUACGACAAUGAAAACAGUAAUAGUAGCAGAAACAGUAGCGAUAGCAGCAGCAGUAGCAGCAGCAGCAGCAGUAGUAGUAGUAGUAGUGGCGUUUCAAAAAGUCUAAAAGUUACAGAAUCAAAUAUUGUAAUCAAAUCAGGCACUUCACCCUCUAUCAGCUCUGGAAAUUAUUCCUAUUGGGCUAGACAAACAAACAACAACAACAACAAUAACAACAACAACAAUAAUAAUAAUAAUUUGAUGUUUUAUAUGGGUAGCUCUUUGAUUGCUGUAAAACCUGAUUUUAAUCAGCCAAUAACAUUCAAAUGUGCGUGCUCUUCCUAUCCAAUUCCAUCGUUUACAUGGAAACAAAACAAUUCAACGAUUAAUUCUAUAAGCUCCAAUAAAUACGUCAUCAGAGAGGCUGUCACUGAUUGGCCAGCAAAACAUCAAUCAUUAUUAACUCUCACCUUAUUGGAAAAGAGCGACUCUGGGGCGUAUACGUGUGAAGCUAAAAAUAACUUAGGGUCCGCUCUACAGCAAUUUAUGCUUGCUGUCAAUAUUAGUGAAAUUAGUGUAAAAUCGUCAGCGUGGGACUCUCUGACAGUUUCUUGGACCCCAGGGCAAGAUGGCGGAUAUAAGCAAACUUUUAAAGUCUACUGUUUGGAUGGCAAAAAAUCAAAGUUAGUGAAAAGACAAACAACAACGGAACAGAGGAAUAGUUUGGAACCAAUUGUAACUUCUGAAACAUCUGUCGUUAUUAAAGGCUUGAAACCGUCAACCGAAUAUCAAGUCAUAGUCGAAUCUUCGAAUAAACUCGGUUCGUCCGGUAAUUCAAGUGAAUAUUCCGUUAAGACACUGGCUCUCGAGAUUCUCGCCACAAAAGACUUGACCUAUCAGAGACGAUCUCAGUCAAUCAUUAACUUGAAUCCACCAAACAUAUCGCCGGAAUCAUCGUGCCUUAGAAUUGUCCCAACCAAUCAAAUUACCAACAAUCAGAUCAAUAAAACGUUGGCAGUUUUCAAAUGUUUGCCACUGAAAGAAACUGAAACUAGGCUAAAAAUAAAUGACGAAAGUGUUUUUGGGGAUUUCCAGAACGUGGAACGCACGGAAUUCCCAAUCAAAGAAAUGCUACAGAUCGAAGAUUUAAACAAUCGGGACAUCUCUACUAACUAUGACGUCACUGAAACGGGCAGCCAAUCGAGAGAGCCAAACAAUUUGAAUUUUAAAUAUUUAAACAACCGACCGGAUGUUGUUGCCACUGGUGGAGGAGGAGUUGAUGACGUCAACAUGGUCGAUCUGAGUAGAUACGAUUCGCCUGUUGAGGUGAAGCGAGCUUCAUAUUCCAGCAGUAAAACGACAAGCCACAACAGCUACUACACCAACGGCCAGAACAACAACAAGGACAACAGUAACACUCAUAACAACAAACUGAUAAAUAACAACAACAAUUUGAUUUUCUACAGCAGUAGCAACAACAACAACAACAACAAUAAUUACAAUAACGAUAAACCUCUUACAAACAUUUACAACAACAACAACAACAACAACAACAACAACAACAACAACAACAAUGAUAAUAAUAAUAAUAAUAAUAAUGUAAAUAAUAAAACUAAUCAAAUUUUUUACCUACAACCACCCAUUUAUUUUAAUAACGACGGUUACGUUGGUGGUAGCGGAAGUGACAACGAAGACGACGAGGCAAAUGGCGGGAAAAUAUUUUACGAGAAGAAGAAGAAGAAGAAGAAGAAGAAGAAGAAGAAGAAGAAGAAGAAGAAGAAGAAGAAGAAGAUGAUGAUGAUGAAGAAGAAGGAGAAGAAGAAGAAGAAAAAGAAGAAUUAUUGA